AUCCAAGACAGACGUGAAGACACCCAGAAGCAAAGACACCCAGAAGCCAAGGAAACACAGCACCAGGAACUUAACAAUGGCAAUGCUAAGGACAGCUCUCCUCAUGAUGUUUGUGACAGCAGCACUGUCAAAAUCAUUUGGUUGGCGCAGACAAGAAUCCUCUGAAUCCAGCGAAUCUAAGGACAACAUUUACACGCUUGAUAGGCAGGGUGAGAAGGACAGCAGAGCGUGGUCCAGCAUGCAAUCCAGUUUUGAGUCUGGUUCAAACUCGGAGUCUGGUUCAAACUCACAUUCUGGUUCAAACUCAGAUUCUGGUUCAAACUCGGAUUCUGGUUCAAACUCAGAUUCUGGUUCAAACUCGGAUUCUGGUUCAAACUCGGAAUCAGAUUCAGAUUCGGACUCAGAUGAGGUUGUGAGUACCACAAGGUCACCAAUCACCGCGGAAACAGCUGCAAGUACUACUGUGAUAACCACAACUGCAGACACUGUGACAACAACUGCAGACACUGUGACAACCACUGCGGACACUGUGACAACAACUGCGGACACUCUGACAACAACUGCAAACACUGUGACAACAACUGCAGACACUGUGACAGAAACAACUGCAGACACUGUGACAGGAACAACUGCAGACACUGUGACAAGAACAACUGCGGACACUGUGACAGCAAUAACUGAAAAUAAUAUCACAAACUGUGUAACUCUGGAUAUUACAACAAAGGGCAGAGGAGACAAUUAAGUUAUAACACUUAAACACUGUGCCAGUCUAUGUUGCAUUUUGUGGCAUAUUCCUGAGUAAUACUGUUCAUGAGCAGAGUGGAUUGCAUGUUAUAUGUUGUUUAUUCUGUAUGCUUUUACAGAAAUUAAUUCUGUGCUUCCUUGUUUUGAUUUAUCAUGUAUAUAUGUA